UUCUUUUUGUUGUUGUUUUUGUUGUUUUGUUUUAGGCCAGGAAGGAUUUAUUUUACUUAAAAAAAAAUCACAGCAUAAAGUCAAAAUCCUGCAAUAUGAAUAUGAAAAAAAAAAUCAGCAAUAAAAUGAAUUCAGAAUAGGUGAACUGCGAUAUAGUAAUGGAACACUGUACCGAGAGAAAACCCAGACAACAUAGGGAGAUCGCACACAAGGUCACCGGAACGGACACUUGGACCCCGAACCUUAGAAUUAUUGUGCUACAGUGCAGCUGUUUGAAAUUGUGUGUAAUAAAAUCUCAAAAUCUCCUUUAAGACUACAGUAUAACCAUGUUCACGUAACUGCCGCUUGAAGAAAUUUCACGCUAUCGACAAUUAUAAUAAAGAUCCGAAAUAGAUUCAUAAUGUUCGUCUGACCUGCAAAAGUAGUUUAGGGGAAGAUAAAUUUGCCUCAAACCAAAUCAGCUGUAAAGGCAAUUUAGGAGCCAAAGUUUGUCAGUUGUUCGAAACAGCACAGCACAGCAUAAACCGAGACCGCUAAAAUCGUCAAGGUCGCUUCACAGGUGCCAAACUGCAGGAAAAACUCAGUGAGAUGUCCUUGAGUCUCUAUGUGUUUUAAGCUCACGUGACAGCGCGGCGUGGCGCCGCCGUAUAUAAAUCCAACGGUGGCCCUUAGAGGGUGUCAGUCCAGGAUUUAGCAAUGAGCUCGUUCUUUUUUACCUUCCUGUGCGCCUUGGGCCUCUGUGCCGCCCUUCAAGUGUCUGCCAGCUUGGAGGAGGAUGUGGAGUCCGUGGCUGUAAGAAGCGCCCUUGCCUCGUCCUCGGAACAAAAUGAGAUCGUGAACAAGCAUAACACCCUGAGGAGAAAUGUCAAACCUACUGCUAGCAACAUGCUGAAAAUGAGUUGGAACAGCGAGGCUGCAGCCAACGCUCAGAGGUGGGCCAAGACCUGCUCCAUGAUGCACAGCCCGGGCAGCUCCAGGGAGAUCAGUACGAGCGGCUGCGGCGAGAACUUGUACAUGGCCAGUUACAAAAACAGCUGGAGCGAUGCCAUCCAGGCGUGGUACGACGAGGUGAAGGACUGGCGCUACGGGGUGGGAUCGGUCAACGGAGGAGUCGUCGGACAUUUCACACAGAUUGUUUGGUACCGCUCAAACCAGAUUGGCUGCGCUAUGGCCUAUUGUCCCAACUCCCACUACAAGUACUUCUACGUCUGCCACUACUGCCCACCUGGAAACUACCAGUAUACUCGCCCUUACAAGUCCGGACCCACCUGUGCUGACUGCCCCAACGCCUGUGAGAACAAACUGUGCACCAACCCUUGUCGCUACACUGACAAGUACAGCAACUGUCCUGAGCUGAAGCAGCAGCACGGUUGUAACAACAGCAACGUCGCCUCUUGGUGUCCCGCCUCUUGCAAGUGCACCAAUCAGAUUAACUGAGUGAAAUGUUGCAUUCAAUAAAAAAAAAAGUUUUCCAUGCA